AUGACAAAAUCCACCGACGCUGACACCGGCCGUCUCAGGAAGCUGGUCGGCCGGCUUCUCCAUCACAACUCCCAUUCACACACGCCAAAUCCCGAUGAUUCUGAUACCGGCAGCGGCGUUGCCACGCCUGAAUGGCUAGGCACGUACAGAGUGCCCUCGGCGUCGUCUCUCUCCGCGCCCAAGGGAUAUGGACGACAUACGCAAAUCUCCCUCGAGCUCUGGACUGCCGCCUACAACUCAAUACGCAAUAGCUUAAGAUCUUCUGGUCUGGUGACCGUCUACGAGUCCAUCUUGUGCCAGGAAUUACCACAUCAGUCCAUCGGCGGAAUUAACCAGACACUUCCGCGCGCCGACGACGAUAGACUGAAGCAGCUGAUCAGAAUUACCGAAUCGGGACUGAGAAAAUGUCGAGGAUCCAAUUGUCCCGUCGACAACUAUGCUCGAAUCUUGGUCAAAAUGUCCAAGAAGAUAAUAAAAUCAGUCUGGGCCGACUACCCCUCUACCGCAGUGGCCUGGUCAGGCAUUACAAUCCUCACGCCGCUUCUACUUGGCCCUACAAUGCAGAUAGAGGACAUGAAGCGCGGCGCCGUACAUGUCAUUGGGCGUAUCCCAUGGUACAUGCACUUAUCAGAGCUACUGCUCGCCAGCGGAUGGAAGAGUGACGCCGACUUCAACAGAGAGCAGGAUGGGGUGAGGGAACGCCUGCUGAAACUAUAUCGCAAAGUCCUCGAAUUCGAAAUGAAUUGCGUGUGCGCGGCAGCCAGUACUUGGAACAACGCAGCCAAGAACGUGGUUGGAUGGCACGCGCUGGGAUCGUUGGUGCGCGACAUUGAGACGCUUGACGAUGAGAUUGCUGCGCUUAUCAACAACUACAUUGCCAGAGGAGUGGCAGAAUCCAUCUUGAGGUACAAUUCAGAUCUGAAGCUGGAUCAAGUGGAGUGUCAAGGCUCUGCUAGGGAUGGAUCAGUCGGGUCUAUUGGAUCGAUUGGAUCUGUUGGCACCACCGGCACUACUGAAACUGCUGAAACCAUGGAAUCGAUUGGUGCGCAAAGCAGUGAGCCCGACAGCCACCAGCCUUUUCAACUCGACGCAAGCAGCACUGCAGAAACCAUUCCCGAGCCAGACGGCGUCGAGAGACUGAUGAACAAACCCUCUACGGUGAGAGUGUGA